UGCUGCAGAACCCGAUUGCGAUCCCGAGCUUGAUCCUUAUUGUGGCAGACCUGAUUCCGAUUACAAAGCUGUCGUAUAAAUGAAGAACACAAUCGUCUACCUGAACAUAACCCUGAUUGUGAUCCAGAGUAUGAUGCGAACUGUCGUGCUGACCGAUCCCGCACUUAUGAAAGAAGAGCCAACGAAGAGUGUGACCCACGUGAUCCUUACUGCCAAAUCUCCCAAUCCCUCAUUCGUGAAGCUACAGACUCAGAAGAGUGUGAUCCACGUGAUCCAUAUUGUUGGACAUCUGAAUCACGUACGAGUCAAAGAACAGCAUCAGACCAGUGUGAUCCACGUGAUCCUUAUUGUCAGACAUCUGAAUCCCGUACUGCUGAAAGAACAGUUAACGAAGAGUGUGAUCCACGUGAUCCAUAUUGUCGGGCAUCUGAAUCCCGUACUAGUGAAAGAACAGCAACAGAAGAGUGUGAUCCACAUGAUCCAUAUUGUAGAAUGUCUGAUUCCCGUAUUAGUGAAAGAACAGUUGCAGAAGACUGUGAUCCACGUAAUCCUUACUGCCGCACCUCACAAUCUUACUCCAGUGAAAGAAGAGCCAGCGAAGAGUGUGACCCACGUGACCCUUAUUGCCAAAUCUCCCAAUCCCUCAUUCAUGAAAGUACAAACCCAGAAGAGUGUGAUCCACGUGAUCCUUAUUGUCGGACAUCUGAAUCAAAUACCAGUGAAAGAACAGCAUCAGAAGAGUGUGAUCCACGUGAUCCUUAUUGUUGGACAUCUGAAUCCCGUACUGCUGAAAGAACAGUUAACGAAGAGUGUGAUCCACGUGAUCCAUAUUGUCGGACAUCUGAAUCACGUACUAGUGAAAGAACAGCAACAGAAGACUGCGACCCACGUGAUCCUUAUUGUCGCAUCUCACAAUCUUACUCCAAUGAAAGAACAGUUAACGAAGAGUGUGAUCCACGUGAUCCAUAUUGUCAGACAUCUGAAUCCCGUACUAGAGAAAGAACAGUUGCAGAAGACUGUGAUCCACGUAAUCCUUACUGCCGCACCUCACAAUCUUACUCCAGUGAAAGAAGAGCCAGUGAAGAGUGUGACCCACGUGACCCUUAUUGUCAAAUCUCCCAAUCCCUCAUUCAUGAAAGUACAAACCCAGAAGAGUGUGAUCCACGUGAUCCUUAUUGUCGGACAUCUGAAUCCCGUACUAGUGAAAGAACAGCAACAGAAGACUGCGACCCACGUGAUCCUUAUUGUCGCAUCUCACAAUCUUACUCCAAUGAAAGAAGAGUCAAUGAAGAGUGUGAUCCACGCGAUCCAUAUUGUAGGACAUCUGAAUCACAUACUGGUGAAAGAACAGCAACAGAAGAAUGUGAUCCACGUGAUCCAUAUUGUAGAUCAUCUGAAUCACGUACCAGUGAAAGAACAGCAACAGAAGAGUGUGAUCCACGUGAUCCAUAUUGUCGGACAUCUGAAUCACAUACGAGUCAAAGAACAGCAACAGAAGAAUGUGAUCCACGUGAUCCAUAUUGUAGAUCAUCUGAAUCACAUACCAGUGAAAGAACAGCAACAGAAGAGUGUGAUCCACGUGAUCCAUAUUGUCACACCUCACAAUCUUACUCCAUUGAAAGAAGAGUCAAUGAAGAGUGUGAUCCACGUGAUCCAUAUUGUAGGACAUCUGAAUCACAUACUGGUGAAAGAACAGCAACAGAAGAAUGUGAUCCACGUGAUCCAUAUUGUAGAUCAUCUGAAUCACGUACCAGUGAAAGAACAGCAACAGAAGAGUGUGAUCCACGUGAUCCAUAUUGUAGAUCAUCUGAAUCACGUACCAGUGAAAGAACAGCAUCAGACCAGUGUGAUCCACGUGAUCCAUAUUGUAGAUCAUCUGAAUCACGUACCAGUGAAAGAACAGCAACAGAAGAGUGUGAUCCACGUGAUCCAUAUUGUAGAUCAUCUGAAUCACGUACUAGUGAAAGAACAGCAUCAGAAGAGUGUGAUCCACGUGAUCCAUAUUGUAGAUCAUCUGAAUCACGUAUCAGUGAAAGAACAGCAUCAGACCAGUGUGAUCCACGUGAUCCAUAUUGUAGAUCAUCUGAAUCACGUACCAGUGAAAGAACAGCAACAGAAGAGUGUGAUCCACGUGAUCCAUAUUGUAGAUCAUCUGAAUCACGUACCAGUGAAAGAAGAGCAUCAGAAGAGUGUGAUCCACGUGAUCCAUAUUGUAGAUCAUCUGAAUCACGUACCAGUGAAAGAACAGCAUCAGAAGAGUGUGAUCCACGUGAUCCAUAUUGUAGAUCAUCUGAAUCACGUACCAGUGAAAGAACAGCAUCAGAAGAGUGUGAUCCACGUGAUCCAUAUUGUCGGACAUCUGAAUCACGUACCAGUGAAAGAACAGCAACAGAAGAGUGUGAUCCACGUGAUCCAUAUUGUCGGACAUCUGAAUCACGAACCAGUGAAAGAACAGCAUCAGACCAGUGUGAUCCACGUGAUCCAUAUUGUCGGACAUCUGAAUCACGUACCAGUGAAAGAACAGCAUCAGAAGAGUGUGAUCCACGUGAUCCAUAUUGUCGGACAUCUGAAUCACGUACCAGUGAAAGAACAGCAACAGAAGAGUGUGAUCCACGUGAUCCAUAUUGUCGGACAUCUGAAUCACGUACCAAUGAAAGAACAGCAACAGAAGAUUGUGAUCCACGUGAUCCAUAUUGUAGAUCAUCUGAAUCACGUACCAGUGAAAGAACAGCAUCAGAAGAAUGUGAUCCACGUGAUCCAUAUUGUCGGACAUCUGAAUCACGUACUAGUGAAAGAACAGCAACAGAAGAGUGUGAUCCACGUGAUCCAUAUUGUAGAUCAUCUGAAUCACGUACCAGUGAAAGAACAGCAUCAGAAGAAUGUGAUCCACGUGAUCCAUAUUGUCGGACAUCUGAAUCACGUACUAGUGAAAGAACAGCAACAGAAGAGUGUGAUCCACGUGAUCCUUAUUGUCGCACCUCACAUUCUUACUCCAUUGAAAGAAGAGUCAAUGAAGAGUGUGAUCCACGUGAUCCAUAUUGUAGAUCAUCUGAAUCACAUACUGGUGAAAGAACAGCAUCAGACCAGUGUGAUCCACGUGAUCCAUAUUGUAGAUCAUCUGAAUCACGUACUGGUGAAAGAACAGCAACAGAAGAGUGUGAUCUACAUGAUCCUUAUUGUCACAACUCGCGUUCCCGUUCUAGUGAGCAAGCACAAGAGAGAACAGGCACACACGACUGUGACCCAUACAACGAUCCAGAAUGCCGUAGGCAGACAACUAGUUCACCUGAGUGUAACCCUGAGUAUGACCCUAACUGCCAUACUUCUCAGUCUCAUACCAAUGACCAAAUGCACACAGAAAGCUGUGAUCCACUCUAUGAUCCCAAUUGCCGUGCCGACAAUCAGGAUGUGUAUAGCUUAAAUCCUGACUGCGAUCCUGAUUAUGACCCUGAGUGUCGCAUGCAACGAUUUGCGUUUAGUGACU